UUUCGAAUCACACAACCCAUACAGUGAGUACUUACCGAAUUUACGUUCGUGUUGUACCAGGGACCACGGUACCGGUAUCAUAUGGCGCACCCUCGCACCAUACGGUGACCAUCCCUUAAGCUUCAUCUUUACGUCAACCACCACCGUAGCAUCGCAAGCUUCGUCAUUGAUGACCUGACUGAGGACUGGUACGGCGGUCGUUCCUGCAUCAGAGGUCGCCAGAACCAAUCAUCGUCAAAAUGCCAGAUAGAGGGAAACCACCUGACAGUGAGGUAUCAAGCUCAGAGGCACGCGUGCCGAGCUUACGGACGGGCUACUGCACUGUCCUCUUCGCCGUCCUCUUCUUCCUCCUCGGCAGCUACGCUACGCUCUUCAGCGCGUUCUACCCGCACACCGGCAUCCCAAUCCUGGACGUGCUCGCGCGGGACACGCACUACAAGUACUUCUUCCUGUUCUUGAUACCUACGACAUCGUACUUCGUGAUCGCGAAUUGGGUCGGGUGGCAAUACUACCGUAAUUCAUGAGGGCAUGUGGCCAGCGCGGCCCAACAGUUUUGAGCCCUGCCUGCUUCGAGGCGCUCGGCAAGGAGAUGGCGAAGACGAGACGAUCCCCCGAGGUGCUCAGGAGAUUGGGCAGUACGUGAGACAAGAAGCUAAGUACCGAGUUAUAACGACGUAACGAGGCGAGUUCUCGGGACCUUCAUUCCGCCGUUCUGCUCUUCUUCUUCCCGCUCCGUCUACCCUCCGUCUCCUCGU